AUUCCAUGUGUGAAAGUCUAAGAGAGUGAGAGAGAGAGAGGGAGAGAUGGCAGAGUCAGGGAGGUAUUGUUACAGGGAAGUAGUUCCAUUCUGUGCAAUGGUUGCAGUUGAGUGUACCAACGUGGGUGUCAACGUUCUUUUCAAGCAAGCCACUCUCAAGGGAUUCAGUUACUAUGCCUUCAUCGUUUAUUCUUUCGCUCUCUCCACUCUUUUUCUUUUUCUCCCUCUCCCCUUCGUCUUCCAAUGGUCAAGAGGGCUUCCUCCAUUCAAUGUUUCUCUCGUCUUAAGAAUUUUUCUCCUUGGUACCAUUGGAUUUGUAGCACAGCUGUUUGGGUUUCUGACACGGUGUAUUGUGCAGCCUCUCUCGGUUGUUGAUGACGAGCUUGUUCUGAAGGUCGGAAUGACCUUUACCACUCUUGAAGAUGCCGGAAAAUUUUACAGGAACUACGCCAAGGCUGCAUGUUUCUCUACAAGAGUUCGGAUGUCGGUGCUUGGAUCAUUCACACUCUUGCUGUCCAAGCAAAGCAGAGAUGCUCAAACAGCACAGGGAACUAAGCAUGUCCAUUCGUCGUACGAUAGAGAAUAA